UACCUCCUUUAAUUAAUUCUUUAAUCUUAUUUUUCAUUUAUUAUCAUUUAUAUCUUAUUAUAGACAAUGCUAAGAACCUAACACUUUCAGUGUCAACAAGAAAAAAAAUAGUUAAUAUUAAUUCAAAUGUAGAAAAAAAAAGCGUCAAUUUUCUAACAUUUUUCUUACAUUAUUUAAGUAUAACCAAACUUUUUUAUAUAUAUUUUUUUUGUUGGUGGUUAAAAUCAAUCACUGUUCUAACAAUUUUUUGUGGUGUGUAUAGUUGAUUGGCCACUAAAUUAAAAAUUAAUGACCAAUUUAACAACCAAGAGUUUUUAAAAGAUUCAAAAACCUAAUUUUUUGUUUUUCUCACUAAAUCGGUUGCUAAUUUUAAAUUUAGUGACCAAUUAGAAUAAUUUUAGUGUUUGUAGCUAAAUUUUAAAUUAACAAUCCUUUCAGCGAUCAAAUUGAAUGGUUUUGAUGUUGGUGGCUAAACUGGUGUUAGAUAAAGACCAAUUAUUUUAAAAGUUUAUUGUAGUGUGAUUAUUCUUAAUGUAUGUUAUAACAAGACUUAAUUUAGUUGAAAAAGGCUUAUAUAUUCUCGCUCAAAGACUCUUCUACACCAAUAAUUAGGUUUCAUUAUUGUAACUUUUUUCCUUCUAAUAUCAUAAAAACUCCUUAAUUGAUAAGGCAAAAAAAAAAAAUCCAGAAAUAAGUGGUUAUAACCAAUUGAUUUAAUAGGGUAGGUGUAGAAUAUGUAACAUAACCAUCAAUAAUGUGUCAAAUCCUGAGUUGAUUUUUAUUUUUGUAUACGCGCAAAACCAUAUGGACAAGUCUCACAUGGAUUAAUGGAUAUACCCAUAAUAGUGCUUGGUCACAAAAUGAUGCAUAUCCUCGCAUUAGUUAGUGCUAAAUAUAUAUAAACCAUGAUUUAAUUUGUGGACUUUAUAACACACCUCAACAUCAAAACAUUAGGUGCAAGCUAGAGCCAUUAAUUACGUAUACUUGCAUUUAAUUUGUUUAUAGAUAUAUUAUAUAUAUUGAUUUACCUAAGCCACUAUUUAUAGGGAACAAUAAUCCAAUCUUAUCUCGAGUUAGUUGCUAUUAUUUGUUGUUGUGUUUACCCUACCAGCUUUAAUUUAUGCAUAUAAAGCUAAUAAGUAAGUAUCCAUUAUUGAUAUAUUGGGGUUGGACAAUCAAUAAUGAUAUAUAAUAACAACCAACUUUAUUUCGAUUAUUUAUCUUCACAUUUUCAGCCAAGCUUUAUCAUUUUCAUUUGACAACUUAAGUAUUAGGGAUCGGAGCUUUAUAAUUUAGAUUUUAUUACUACAAAUAGUAUUAACGUUAUCCAGCUCACAUGACAAAAAUUCCAUGAAGAACUAAGUAGUUUUUCAGUGAGAAAUUUGUUUUUUUUUGUUUUUAAAUUAAAUUCUUGACAAAUCUAAAUAUUCUGUUUAAAGAUUAAGAUAUUUAUUAGAAUUAAAAUUGAGUAAGUUUAACUCAACCUAAAAAAUUAGUUUAUGAGACGAGAGAUUACGCCCAAUAACAUUGAUAUAUAAAUCGUGAUACUUACUAUGGUCAUUAAAAUGGGUUAAUUAAAUUCGUUGGGUCAACUUGUUUAUCUGUUUAAACAAGUAGACUUUUGCCAAUAAAAUCAGAUUCAUUUAAAUUUUAGAUUAAAUGAAUUGAGUCCGGCGAUUAAUCUAAAAAAUAACAGAUUAAACUAACUGUUUAAAUUUUUGUGUUUUAUAAAAGGAAAAAAAAAAUACUUUUUUAAAUAUAAUUUUUUAUCGACUCAAAUAUCCGACUCUAACUACUAAAAAAAUUUUGUUUGUUUAAGAUUUUUUUUUUGUCUAAAAGUGACAUUUUUUGUUAAAAUAUUAUUUUUAAUCCGAAAAUUAAAUUUUUAAAAAAUUAAUAGGGCAGCCGGUUUAAUUCGACAUAGACUGGUCAUUAAUGAUCUAGGCUUGAAAAUUAAAGUCUAUGAAACGGAUUUAGGCAAAUUAAGCUUAAAUGAAUCCGUCUAACCUGGUUUAUUUGACAUUUCUAGUCAUACUAUGUUAAGAUUGACAUUGGAUAAAUUUAACUCAAUUUUAAAAAUUAGUUCAUGAAAAAAAUGAUAUCUCAUAUACACUUAUAAAUUAUGUAAAAAUUUUAUAUAUAAGAGAUGUUAGAUUUGUAAUUAUAUCUAUUAAGUAGACCAAUAAUCAUCCUAGUUAGUUGGUAUAGUUUAUGUUUUUUUAAUAGAAUAAGGAGUAUUAGUAUUAAAAAGUGGUUCUAUAUUACUUUCAUUUUUCCAUUAAAAAAAAGAGUAAAUACCCUUUCCGGCCCCUGUCCAUUUUGAAAUUUGACUACCCGCCCCCUAUCCUUUAUAAAUUAUCAAAUCGGCCCUUAUCCAUUUACGCCGUGAUACCAAUGAGCCCUUGAGUUGGUUUCUCCGUUCAAAGUCGACGGAAAACGCUGAGGUGUAACGUGCUAUCCGUGACGUGGCUUUGGAUCAUCAAACGUGGAUUGCUCUAUAAGCAUGUGGACAAAUAAGCCCCUGCAGACUCAGCAAAGUGACGUCGUUUUAAAAAGAAGUCUCUUUGGUCGUUUAGGGCGAAAUCUCAGUCUCCCCAUUCCUGAACCCUAACACUAGUGACUGAAGCAUGAGCGAUUGUGAGCAGUCUUCAACCUGUAACACACGCCGUGUCUGGAGGAAGAAUUUGAUGGGUUCGAGUAGCAAUGCAAGUGAGGGCAAGAAGGCCAAGUUCCAGCACCCUAAAUGCAAGUGUGGCACGUAUGCAGUGAUGCAACAGUCUGGGACAGCGAAGAACCCAGACAGAAUUUUCCUGGGUUGUUCCAACUAUGGCAUGAAACAACGUCACUGCAACUUUUUUGUUUGGCUGGACGAGGUGAUUGCUAAACGUUCUGGCAAUGAAGAUGAGAAUGACAUUCAAGGAAGACUGAUGUUGAUGGAGAAAAGGUUGGAGCAAUUGGAAUUCAAGAUUGAAGAUGAAUAUGAAGCAAAAUCAAAAAAAUGUAGUAAUAGCCAUAUUGUGUUUGUUAUGCUGGCAAUGUUAAUUGUGAUAACAGCAGUUGUAUUUGUAGUGUUUUAGGGUAUAUUGUGUUGCUUCAAGUGAUGCAUAGAUAUCUGUUGAGAUUUGUGUUAAUCUGCUCUGUAAUUGUAGAUUCCAAAUGAAAUGAAUGUGAAUUUUUCUUUGUUAUAAUGUAAAGACUGAACCCAAGAUAGCUGUGCACAAUUCUGUAUAAGGUAAAAGCAUAAUGUUCAUAUUCAUACUGCUAAGCACAAAUGCAUUUACAUAGUGAGCCAAAUUCAUCAUCAAAGGUCUGUCUUCACAAAACAGAGAACAUGUUCCACAUUGUUCAGUGUAUUACUUCUAAUAACUU